AUGUUCAAGAUCAUCGGGGCGACCAAUGAUGCGAUGAAGGACUUGGCUAGUCGUUAUCGCCACCGGAGAGACGAUACCGACAUACUUGGGACAUCGAGCAGUGUAUCCACCCAACAUGGGACAGCUCUUCCAGGGUACUAUCAGACUCCUCUUCCACCACCGCACCAGUCUGGUUCUGCUCCAUUACCCUACUAUCAGACUCCAUCCCUACCACCACUGCCGCCACUGUCCGGUUCUAUCUGGCCACCACCUCUUACGCCUCCUCCCAUGAUUGUAGCAGCUCCUUCUCCGCCACCACACCAGCGUCCACCACCCACUUUCAGCCAGCCAGUUGUUCGUCCUCGUCCAUACCAUUCUCUCAAAGUGUCUUGUCCUCGUGGAUGUGGGACUGGACACCACUUGAAACCUGCCACUGGACGGCGUUAG